AUCAGCACACACAACAAGCAACGGAGAUUCGACACGGUAAUCCGUCGAGGGGGGCAGCUCGCUGAGCACUCCCCAUGCCUUCGUCGAAGAAUAUCAGAUGAUGUUUGGCCGCAUCUGAGCCACCAGACGUUCACUUUCGGUCUCAUUGAAAGCCACGAUAGACCACGAUCUGCGGAUGCCGUGUUGUUUGUCCACGCGAAGAAUAAAUCCAAGGUCCUG